AUGCAGUUCUAUCCCAAGGCGCGCCAGCCCCGGCCCAGCAUUCAUCAUCCCUCGGUUCAGCCGCGUCGAAUGUCUGUUCUGAAAGCGACCACCUUCAACCUUCUCCUGCUGCAAUUUCUUUUCCUUGGGCUUUUUUGCUAUCUGUUCGGAUCUCUCUUUCAGCAGACUACACAUGUUGCGAACAUCAAUUUUCUCUUUGUGGACUACGAUGGCGGCGCGAUCGGCAGUGCGGUUCGAGCUGCGAACCAGCAGCUCAAAAGCCCGGAUUUCCCGUCAUUGGUUGAGCGAUCCGCGCAAGAUUAUCCGCAGACCACCAAGAUCGAUCGCGCAGUCUGUGAUAUCAAAUACUGGGCAGCAUUAUACGUUGUGCCCAAUGCCUCAGAUCGGCUAACAGCCGCACUUGGGGGUGGCUCAGCUGCUUCUGCGUACAAUCAAAGCGACGUUCUCACCAUGGUCUGGAACCAGGCGCGUUAUCCGACCGUGGCUGACUCCGCUGUUUACGGGAGUCUAGAAUCUCUCGCCCAAGCCGCGCGAGUUGCUUACACUCAGGCCGGUGGUAAACGGAUCAUUCAAGCCCUGAAUAGUUCCGAUCCUGCUGCCAUUAAUGUCUUUUCUAAUCCCUGGAUCUUGUCUUCAAUAAAUAUACAACCGACCACACAAGGAUCACGACUUAUCUACAACACAUUGGUGAUCAUAUUGAUACUCAUCCAAGAAUUCUUUUUCUUGGGUUCCAUCAACGGUCUCUACCAGCAGUUUCGACUCUAUACGGUUGUGACACCUCAUCGAAUUGUGAUCGCUCGCCUAAUCCUUUCGGGUGUCUACACAUUUUUGGGUUCCCUGUGUACUACAGGCGCAAUCUGGGCUUUCAGACAUGGAUGGCACGUAAACGGCAGCCAGUUCGUGCUCAACUGGAUAACAUUGUGGCUCUUCGCACAUUUGAACUUUCUGGUUCUCGAUGUUUUCAGUAUCUGGGUCUCCCCUCCGUUUGUGCCAAUGGCACUGAUAACCUGGGUUGUACUCAAUGUGACCUCGAUUCUUCUUCCAUUUGAAUUAUCACCUGGCUUUUAUAGAUGGGGCUAUGCCUUACCUGCGCAUAGCGUCUUCCAGGUUCUAAUUGACAUCUGGUCCAGGGGCUGCAACCCGCAGCUCAACUACGCACUCCCCGUUAUGUUUGCCUAUGAGGUUGUCGGACUUGUUCUUAGCUCUAUCGGCGUGUAUCGGCGUGCCCAUUACGCUUCAGUUAAGCAGGAAGCGGACGAGAAACAAUUUCAAGAGCGGGUCGAGGCAGCAAUCGCGGAGCAAGAGGAACUUCGGGUGGCGAGAGAGAUAACUAGACAAGGGACUCAGGGAAGUGAGACUGAACAGGAAGAAAUGACUGAUAGGCAACGACGCGGAACUGUUACGACACUUGAAGACCAAGAGGAGCUGGCGAGCAGAAUCCGACGCGAUAUGUCCCGCCCUGAGGUUGACAGGGCAGUCACAAGGCGCGAAAGCGUCGGUCCCUGUUUUAAUAUGGCCUUUACAAAAUGA